AUGUCUCUCUCUACUACUAUCAAGACUCCCAAUGUCACCUAUGAACAGCCUCUCGGCUUGUUCAUUAACAACGAGUUCGUCAAGGGUGUUGACGGCAAGACCUUCGAGACCUUAAACCCUAGCACCGAGCAGGUCAUUACCUCCGUCUACGAAGCUUCCGAGAAGGAUGUCGACAUAGCUGUCAAGGCUGCCCGUGAGGCCUUCGAAGGUCCCUGGAGGAAGGUGACCCCCUCAGACCGUGGCCGUAUGCUUACCAAGCUGGCCGACCUCUUCGAGCGUGAUAUGGAGACCCUAGCUUCCAUUGAGGCCCUCGACAAUGGUAAGGCCGUCACUAUGGCCAAGGUCGAUAUCGCCAAUGCUGCUGGCUGCCUGCGCUACUACGGCGGUUGGGCCGAUAAGAUCACUGGUCAGACCAUUGAUACCAACUCCGAGACCCUCUCCUACACCCGUCACGAGCCCGUCGGUGUCUGUGGUCAGAUCAUUCCCUGGAACUUCCCUAUUCUCAUGUGGGCCUGGAAGAUUGGUCCCGCCAUCGCUGCCGGUAACACUGUGAUCAUUAAGACCGCUGAGCAGACCCCUCUGUCCGGCCGGCUUCCCCCUGGCGUUAUCAACGUCAUCUCCGGCUUCGGUCGUGUUGCUGGUGCCGCCAUCUCUAGCCACAUGGACAUUGAUAAGGUCGCCUUCACUGGUUCCACCCUUGUCGGCCGUAUGAUUCUGCAGGCUGCCGCCAAGUCUAACCUGAAGAAGGUCACUCUUGAGCUGGGUGGCAAGUCCCCUAACAUCGUCUUCGAGGACGCCGAUAUUGAUAACGCCAUCUCAUGGGCCAACUUCGGUAUCUUCUUCAACCACGGCCAGUGCUGCUGCGCCGGUUCUCGCCUGCUGGUCCAGGAGAGCAUUCACGAUAAGUUCGUCGCUCGCUUCAAGGAGCGUGCCGCUCAGAACAAGCUCGGCAACCCCUUCGAGGGUGACACCUUCCAGGGUCCCCAGGUUUCACAGCUCCAGUUUGACCGCAUCAUGGAGUACAUCAACCACGGCAAGAAGGAGGGUGCUACUGUCGCCCUGGGUGGUGAGCGCCACGGUACCGAGGGCUACUUCAUCCAGCCUACCGUUUUCACCGACGUCACUCCCGAUAUGAAGAUCGCCCAGGAGGAGAUCUUCGGCCCCGUCAUCGCCGUCACCAAGUUCAAGGAUGAGGCUGAUGCCAUCCGCAUUGGCAACGGCACCAACUACGGUCUCGCUGCCGCCGUUCACACCAAGAACAUCAACACUGCCAUCCGUGUUUCUAACGCUCUCAAGGCUGGUACCGUCUGGAUCAACAGCUACAACAUGAUCUCCUACCAGGCUCCCUUCGGUGGCUUCAAGGAGUCCGGCCUUGGCCGUGAGCUCGGUUCCUACGCUCUUGAGAACUACACCCAGGUCAAGACUGUGCACUACCGCCUGGGCGAUGCUCUGUUCUAA